AUGUCUGCUGCUCAUCACGCUGCUGUUGAAGUCAUGCUGACACUUCCGGCUGCAACUAAGGAUAUUGGUGAGCACUUAUCACAACAACACGCUGUAGCAAAGACUAGAAACAGAGAGGCUUUCUAUCACAUUUUACGAUCGGUCAAGUAUUUGAGUAGGCAAGGCCUAGCUUUGAGAGGACACGGAGAUGACACUGAUGGCAACCUGACACAGUUACUCAAGACGAAAGAUGAAACUGAUCAUAAUUUAGCUGCAUGGUUGGAGAGGAAGGAUAACACAUACAUGAGCUCCAUUGUUCAGAACGAAAUUCUCAAAGUAAUGGGAUUGAACCUGCUGAGGAAACUUGCUUCAGAGUUUCAUAAGUCUUCGUUCGUGACCGUAAUGGCAGAUGAAACUAGAGAUGCAUCUAACACAGAACAGGUGGUUUUGGUUACUGAAUGCUUUGAAGUUCACGAGGAGUUUGUAGGCAUGUAUCAAGUACCAUGUACCGAUGCUGAGACUCUUACAGCAGUAAUCAGUGAUGUUUUUACAAGAAUGAACUUGAAUUUCAAGAAAUUGCGAGGCCAAUGCUAUGAUGGGGCAAGUGCAAUGAGUGGCAUUAAAAGUGGCGUCGCUGAGCGAAUACGCAAAAUAGAACCUAGAGCACUCUUUACCCAUUGUUAUGGCCAUUCUCUCAGCCUUGCUGCUAGUGACAUGAUAAAGCAGGUGAAGUUGUUGAAGCACUCACUAGGAGUUACCCAUGAGAUAACUAAACUCAUCAAGUAUUCUCCACGUCCGGAGGGAAUAUUCCAAAGAUUGAAAGAGAAUCUUCCAAGCUACUCAAAGACUGGGAUAAGAGUUCUUUGUCCUACAAGAUGGACUGUCAGAGCUGAUUCCCUUGCCAGCAUAAUCGAUAAUUACGUGGUUCUACUUAGCACGUGGCAGGUAUCCUUAGAAAUUGUUCAUGAUACCGCAAUGAAGGCCAGAAUACAUGGUGUGCAGGCACAGAUGAAGACAGUUCAGUUUUCUACGGAGCUGUUCUUGAGGAGAAAUUGUUGA